UUUCACAACUGUCUUGUUAUAUAAUUCAAUAUUCUUUUGAAAAAGAAAUUUGAAUUUUUCUAUAUAUUGAUUUUUCUUCUUUCGCGGCUUUAGAUAUCAAACUUACCAAAUUUUUAAAUUAAUCAUUCGCUUGAUCCCUCAGAUUCCGCAUGUGAAGUUAAAAUUGACAAUUAUUAGAUCGAAUUUCAUCUUUUACAUCGAACUCCUUCGGGGACAUAUCAAAUACGGAAAUUGAAUACCACUAAGGUAGGAGUUCCGUUAGAACAUUUAGAUAAACGACAGUUCCGAUUUGCUUAAGAACAAGUGCUUAUCGAAAUGAUUGAAAUUUUUAAAGUGAAUGAAAACUACGUGCCGAUUUUCAUAACCUUUCCGUUGAUUAUCGCCUCGGUUCACGCCAUCUCAGUGACAGUUGGAAUUCGAAGCGGAGUAUUACAUGUAAUUACAAUAAGGGUACAGAAAAUAAUAAAAAGACUGGUAAUAUUUAAAUAGCGAGUGUCAUCUUAUUUCGGAAGAUUCUAGUUUUCGAUUAAGUUUUCGAUAUGAGAACUAAGAGACCUUUGUAGGUUUUUCGAUUGAUAGCUUUUUUCGGAUUCUGCGAAUUCGGCGAAUUCCAAAUUUCGAAUUUUAAAAGAGUUUGACUUACUCGUUGUCGAGAAUACAAAUAAAUAUGUUGAUUUUUUGAGUGUUUACUCCUUGUUGUAAAAUGACCCCCCAGAGCAUCCUUUAAAACACUGAAAGCUUCCCCUGUGUGAUCAGCCACCAACUUGUUUUACAGCGAAAAAUAUUAUCAAAUACAUCUUUUUGUAUCAAGCUAAUCUGUUGAAAUAUUCGGAAAUGUUUGCAAAUUACACGAUAGAGCCUUUAAAAUUUUUUCAAUCUGGUUCAGCAGGUGUUAGUUUGUAUUGUUAAAUUAUCCGCAUACGUUUAUUAAAAGCGCCUUCCUGUUAAAAUUCUCACCGUUGUCAGGUUUUCAGGGGCGAUGCAGCGCGAGUGUUGAUAUGGCGUUCUCUGCCUCAGACAUCUCCAAAGCAUCCGUCUUGGGUGUAAUAUUUAUCGUGACUGUUUUGGGAAAUGCUCUGGUAGCUUAUAUCCUCGUAAAGAAUUACAAGCGUCUUCUUAAAAAUCGUCCAACGUAUCAAUUUAUCUUAAAUAUAGUUGUUUCCGACCUUUUGGUUGGUCUUCUCACGAUUCCUUUCGAAUUUACUCGCGAACUUCUUGGAAACUGGGUAUUUCAACAGGGCUUGUGCAAGAUAAUCGAGUACUUUGAAAUUGCUGUGUCCGGGACUGCGGUUUAUACUCACGCUUUGAUUGCCUAUGAUCGUUAUCGAAGCUUGGCUCGUCCUUAUCUACCAAAGUUGGAGGGAAAACGCGUCAAGAAAAUGAUAGCAGUAUCAUGGCUUGUUCCCACUCUUGUAGCUGCCCCUUAUUUGUACAUGUUUGAGGUGAAAGAGAUACCCUCAAUGGCCAAGAUAAUUUGCACUCCAAAAGCUCUUCCAAUAAGUUGGUUGGAUAAACUGUACGAGGCAGUAGAGUUCCUCUUUGUGCUUUUCCUCCCGUUCAUAGUGUUGUGUUGGUGCUAUUUUCACGUGACACUAAUGAUGUGGGGAAGAAGUCCCAUGGUGGCAGCAGACAGCUUCCCUGCUACACCACAUUCGGUUAUUCACAGAACCAGGAAGCGAGUUACGCGAACUGCAGGUCUGGUCGCUGCAACUUUCACAGUCUGCUGGUUGCCAACGUUUGUACUCAGCUGUGUUCGGAUUGUGUCCGGCACGGAAAGCAUCCAUAGAGGACACGUUCUCUACGAAACUGCUAUGUUCGGUACAUUUAUCAACGAGGCGAUAACCCCCAUUAUUUACUGCGCCUUCGACAGGAGUUUGAGAGCGAGAAUUACCUAUCGAGCCAUCUGCACGUAUUUAUCAGAAUCGUCAGGAUCAAGCGUUCAUGUUAAUGAAACAAUAAACUCGGUGACGCAAAACACUGCGGCUGAUAUGACCCGAAAGAGGGAAAAAUUAAGAAAACUUGAAUUUAACGCUGAACUGAAUCAUGAGAGAUGUUCAGAGCGUCUCAAGAAUCUCAAGGAUGAAACAAGAUUGCAAUCUUGUUGAACACCGAACGAGAAAAGGACUGAAAAGUCCUCUCGUGUUUUGCAAGGAACCUUUUUACCUCAUGGGUAACUGGCAAAGGAAAUGCGAGAAACAACAUGAAAACAGCAGAGAUCUGUUUUAAUUUCGUCCCCAAUGGUUUGAGCAGAGUAAACAUUAAUGCACCAAUUUUAUUGCCACCCUUUCUUAGUUUCGUAACUGUAGGAUUUAUCUCCAUAUAAAAUAGUUGUUAUUGAUCUGCUACUUUCAAAACGAAUCCUCUGAAAUAAAAAGAAAAAAGGAUAAACACUAUCA